GUACUGACGUAACAAGACGGAAACACGUGGGUAAACAGGAAGUGUGUUUGCAUUUCGCGGGCACCGUGGAACGACGCGCUGGUGUUGUGGACAGAAAUGGCGGGUGUGAACGCAAUGGAGAAGAAGUUGGCGGAGUACAAGUGUGAUACCAACGAAGCCAUAAGUUUAAAAUUAGUUCGGUUUCCAGAGGAGGUAGAGGACGAAAGCACAACAUUCCACCCCGAAUUCACCCACCAACUCUAUGGAGACGAUGAAGUGGCUUUUGGGUACAAGGGACUUCAGAUUCAACUGUACUACAGUGCCGGCAACUUGACCACACUCUUCAAAGUGAAAUACUCCUCAAAGGUUACAGAGAAGUUUGAGUGUGUCGAGCCUGAUGACGUGGAAGGAAAGAUCCGUGAGAUCAUCCCACAGGGUUUCUGUGGCAAUACGGACGACUUCAUCUCGCUGCUGGAGAAAGAGGCCAACUUUACGCCCUUCGGCACUCUGAUCCACACAUACAGCGUUCACAACGAGGAGGCCGGGGAGGACCUCACCUAUCAGAUCCACAAAGUGGAACUGUCCAGCCCUGGCUUCCGCGAGUAUCACGAGCGGCUGCAGACCUUUCUCAUGUGGUUCAUCGAGACUGCCAGCUUCAUCGACGUGGACGAUGACCGCUGGGACUUCUUCCUGGUAUUUGAGAAGUACAAUAAGGACGGGGAGACUCUCUUUGCGACUGUUGGCUACAUGACAGUUUAUAAUUACUAUGUGUACCCAGACAAAACCCGACCACGUGUAAGCCAAAUGCUGAUCCUGCCCCCGUUCCAAGGCGAGGGCCACGGAGCCCAGCUGCUGGAGACUGUGCACAGGUUCUACUGCACCUCCUCUAAAGUACAGGACAUUACAGCGGAGGACCCGUCAGACAGCUACGUGAAGCUGCGCGACUUUGUCCUGGUCAAGCUGUGCCAGACGCUGGCGUCCUUCUCCACCGACAAACUCUCCCUGGGCUUCAGUGAGGACAUGGCCACCGAGGCUCAGGAGAAGUUAAAGAUAAACAAGAAACAUGCCAGACGGGUGUAUGAAAUCUUACGUUUGCGAGCAACAGACAUGAGCAACGAGGAGAAGGCCAGAGCAUUCCGACUGGAGGUCAAAAAACGAUUAUUUGGGCCCUACAAGAAAAACCAGAGAGAGCUGACCAAAAUGAGGAAGUGUCUGCGGCCAGAAGAGCUGGCGUCCCAGGUGAACCAGAUGGACACCCAGCUGCAGCAUGAGGAGCUCGAGCGCAGCUAUCAGGAAGUGCUGGGGGAUUACCGCAGGAUCAUCGAACGGCUAGCACGGGCCUAAUACACACCUACACCUACACACACACACACACACACACACUCACACACACUCUCACACCUUUAUGUUCUCUACUCAAUGAUUAUGACGAGAGUGUGUAAGUGUGCGUGUGUAUCAGUGGACUCGCUCCCUGCAUUGGGAGAGGACUUUCCCCAUGUCCCACAUGUCAUCACUCGCUGCGUGACAUUUUUGUGAUUGGUACAUCAUCUACAGGCCAUAGUCACACAUCAUAGACAUCUCAGCCCUCUCAGGAUUUAAAAAAAGAGACAAAAAAAAUUUACUUUUUGUAUGUAAGAACCAGUAUUUCUUUUUCAGAAUAUAUGUGGUGAAGGUCUUUUCCUCUUGUGAAGACGAGUAGAUUUUGAAGCACUUCAUAUUGAAAAUAAAAUGUUUUGUACAUUC